AGCAAAACGCUUGAGCACGGCUAGGCGCGCGCGCUUGAUCGAGGAAAAAAAAACCGGACCAAAAACCUAGCAAAGGGGAAAAUAUAGUUCAUAAUUUGCCUCGUUUAGCAAGCAAAAAUCAAACAAGGCGAUCAGUUCCGUGCAGUUCGAUUGUCUGGUGGAAAAGUCGAAACACGGUAGGAAUUUUCCGAAUCUUGGGAGCGGUUUUUUCUUGAAUUGCACGUACAUAAAACCAAAAAAGCACAAAAGAAAAGAAUUUGGUGAACGAGUGGACUUAGUACAAACACACAGCAAGGAGAGAACAAAAUAAUCCAGCACCUAACGUUCUAGAGUGAUCCUCGUGCAAACGUACACUCGCACGACUCGUGGUUGGCCCUUUCCAAAGUGACGCGUGUGAGUGAAUGUGUGCAUAAAGCGUAAGGGAAGAACCGUAUCAUUGGCCGCGUGCGUGUAUUUCGGUCCUGUCGUUCACUUCGAAAAAGAAAACAUCGACUCAAGUGCGUUUUAGUACUGCGCGACGCGAAGUGAAAGAAAAGGGGGCAGAAAACAACGUGAAGAAAGGAACAAACGUAAUCCCGGCAGCCAAGGAACGCAGGUUUUCUCCUGCUAAGCAGUGAAGGUGAGGUGAAGCAACAACAAAAACCUCCACCGUUUUGGGAAUGAAAAGCGAAUAGAGAAAAAAAAAGAAACGUUCCCCAACAACAAGUGGCCAUUACCGAGGGUUGUCGUCGAAUGUGAAUUGAAUUUUGGUUGUUUUGAAUCAGACACGCGAUCGGUUCUGAUAUACCGUAUCAGUGUGUGUGUGUCAGUCUAUUCGCACACGGAAGACGAUCGAUGACAGCUACCUGUUGGAGGAGGAAGAGUUACUACAGCAGUACACUGUUGUAAAGAUUUAAUGCAGAGCAAGCAAGUUGGCAGUUAGGAGAAUCGAAACUAAGCUAAAAGCGGAUUAUAACAAUCGCGGAUAAACGUUUAAGUACAUAAACCAAAUAUUGUGAGAAUCGCGACUGAAACAGCACUAGCUAACAUGAUUCACGUGGACGAAACAGAUCCUCUCGGUGACAUACCACCAGCGUUCCCGUACCGAGAGGUGGAAGUUAAGCGCGGCAUCGAUCCAAAACAGAUAUACGAGCUCAGCUCCGAACUUGGCAGAGGAAAGUUCGGUGUCGUCUACAAAUGCAAGGAAAAGUCGACUGGCGUCCGUCUGGCGGCCAAAUUCAUCCAGAUCGUAAAGAAGGGCGACCGGCGCAAUAUCGAACGGGAGGUGCACAUGAUGAACGUACUGCACCACGCGAAGAUCGCCCAGCUGUACGCGGCGUACGAGUACGAUCGUACCUUCUGCGUCAUGAUGGAGCUCGUCGAGGGUGGCGAACUGUUCGACCGGGUGCUGGACGAGAAGUUCAUACUCACCGAGAAGGCGUGUGCGAUCUUUAUGCGUCAGAUCUGCGAUGCGGUUGCGUACAUACACGGCAAUAACAUCAUUCAUCUGGACAUGAAGCCGGAGAAUAUUCUCUGCCUGACGGAGAGCGGGAACCGGAUCAAGAUAAUCGAUUUCGGGCUGGCGCGUGAAUACGAUCCGGACAACAAGCUGCAGGUGCUGUUUGGGACGCCCGAGUUUGUGGCGCCGGAGGUGGUGAACUUUGAGGCGAUCUCGUUCGCGACCGACAUGUGGAGUGUUGGCGUUAUUGCCUACGUACUUGUCUCCGGAUUAUCGCCAUUCGCCGGUGAGGAUGAUAUCCAAACAAUGGGAAACAUCACCAUAGGACGGUACGAUUUUCUAGACGAAGCGUUCGAUAACGUGUCCGAAGAGGCUAUUGACUUUAUUAACCGAUGUUUGGUAAAGGAACAAAAGGAACGACUAACGGCCGAAGAUGCACUCAAGCACAAGUGGAUCAAGCGGAAACCCCAGUACCAUCCAACAAAUCGACGACCAUCCCUCACCAGCUUCAAACCAAUUUUGCUGGAAAGCAAUAAUAACAGUGGCAAUGUUACGGUAGGCGAUAAGCACAACACCGAAAUUGCUAAGGACAACCUGAAGGAGCUGGUGGGCAAGUGGGACGAAACGCCCAACAAUCGGUACGCGUUCGAGCAGGACACGGAGAACAUUAUUGCACCGUCCGGUGAAACCGUACAGCUGCGAAGACCGACACUACCGGAGCUGGCAGGGCUAGCGAACGGCAGCAGCAAUACGUCCGGCAGCCGGAGAGGCAGUAUAGCGCGAGAUAGCGAUUCGAUGGCGUCCUCGUGUGACACCACGGCGAGCGUUUGCACGGAACCGGCCACAUCACCCAUCACGAUACCCGCUGACAGUCAGCCACCACACAACCACAACCUACACGCACCACCAUCACCUGCCCAAACGGAACCACCGGUAGCGUGUUCCGUGCGCGACAGUGUGAUCGAAACACACCGGGACAAGGUACGUGACGAUUUGCGCAAACUAUCCGAUUUACUAAAGCUUUCCCUCACGAACGUGAAGGCACUGGAUGGGUUGGACACUGCUAGUGAGGACGGUUCCAUGGUGACCUCACCGACCACACCCGCGCCCGCGCUGGAGCAGCUGGACAGUGAGCUGGAGAACCUGAAGUCGAAGGUGAACACCAUCCGCACGUCCCGGGCACAGAACAAACUGAACGAGCUGGCCCAACGGCCCGAAUUUCUUGCGAACGAUCCGUUCAAGCUGCCAACGUUCCGCUUCCUGCCCAAAUCGAUCAGCCUCUGCAACGAGGAUUCGGUGUUCAAGGAGAACUACACCAAGUUUUGUGAUCGGAAUGCGACAUCGCGUGAAGGUCGGGAGGAAGCGACCCGGGAGGUGAGCGUCAGCGAGAAGGUAAACGCAACCGGGACGGUCGUGCGCAAGAAGUCCACCACGUCGUCGACGGCCAGGAAGAAAAAGAACGCGGAAGAUGCGGCAUCCACAACGACGACGACUACUACAACCACCACGACGUUCGCCAGUACUGCAUCGGGACGGAUCGCUUCGACAACGACCGUCCGGAAGACGAUCGUUAAGCAGCAGAAGGUAGUGGUGGACGAGGCCAGUUCCAACGUGCAGGUCACUACCGGUGGCACCACGGAAAGCCGGAGAUCGAUCGCCCCCACGAAGAGUCUCGAUGCCCCAUCGGAUGCCAAGCUAACGCAUUCGGCUUCGAUCAAACGGACCAAGUUUCGCGUCAAUCAGCUCAGCAGCCGGGAUGUACCGGUAGCGAUUAAUUCCGUCGCCCGACGAUAUCUGGAGCGGAGCGGCGUCCAGGAUGAUCUCUUGACGGUGGGCGGCGGACGGCACACAAUCAACCACCAGCAACCCGGCCAGACCACGCUGGACGAUACGGUGACGGCGAACAAUCUGCGCAACAACGCGAUACGACUGCGCAGCUCCGUGUCGGUCGAUUGGGACGCGAUGGAUGCGGUCGAAAAUCGUUCGAUGAAGACGAUCAACACCUUUCUGAAGCGUCACGCGGUGGCCAGCUCGGCUGUGAAACAGAUACAGGCCCAGCUGGAGGCAAGCAUCACCACGCACAAGUAGUGGUCGCCGCCCGUUUUUGGUGCGCGACAGGAUUGUACAUACAAUUUGCGCCCACUUUCUAUACGCCAUGUGUAUUUAUACGUAGGUAUUUUUCUUUUUGUUUAAUUUAUCGACGAUCGGGCAAGAGAAGCGAUUCAAUGUUUCAAUGUUUAGCGUGUAACAUAUAAUAUUAGGUCGCGUACGGACGGUUAUGUACUAGUAGGGAAUAACGUUUAGAUAGAAACAAAGAAACACGAGCAGAUAGGCACGCGAUUGCUUUGCGUAUGGCUCGUAAUGCACGGUGACACAAACGAUGGUAGUAGGGCUACAUUUGCGGAGAGAACGGCCAGACAUGUUACGAUGCUCGAGUUGCUCCGUACGUGAAACAAUAGCACAAACAAAUGGAAAUGUAU